CCUGAUUACUUUUGGCCAAUCUAUAUUUGAGAAAUAAAGUUUGUAAGCUAUUUUCUUAUUAAUAUCAAGUAUUCUCUUUAUCUCAAUUUCUUUAAUUAUAGAUCAAAACAUAGUUUGAUUUUUGGUUCUAUUUUUGUCUAUUUGUAUUCGCACGUCUAUUAUCUCUUUCAUUAUUUUCAUUACUUUGAGGUCAAUCUGAAGAACAAAUACUUAUGACAAGCCAAACCCUAUUCAUCACCUAUAUUCCCCUACAUUUUUUAUGUUUGAAAUUUCUAUAAAGUUGGUUCUUCAUAAUCACAAUGAGAAAGGUGGAUUUGCUGAGAGUUACAUCGAAAGGGACAGACUGAGCAACUUACCCGACUCUCUAAUCCACACCAUCCUUUCCCACCUCGACACCAAAUCCGCCGUCCGUACUUUCCUCCUGUCCAAGAAAUGGACCCACCACUGGAAAUCCUCCCUCCACACCCUCCGCCUCUCCUCCCCUUCCUUCCGCACCAAAAACUCCUUCAAGAGAUUCGUCAAAUUCGUCCUCGCCAAUCGCGACCCCUCCUCCCCUCUCCGCGCCCUAAUUCUCUUCAACGAGUCCCGAGACAAGUCCCUCGCCGGCCGAAUUCUCCGCUACGCCGUCGCCCACUCCGUCCGGGAAAUCGACGUCUUCCGCCACUUGGAGCCCAAGGAACUGGAGCAGAUCCUCGGCUGCAAGUCCCUGCGGAGAAUCGUCUUCCACAGCAUCGAAAUCGGGUGUUCCGACUUCUCCGGAUGCGCGGAUCUGGAAGAUCUGUCCCUCACCGGGUGCACAUUCUUUCCGGGUCGGGUCACGGUCGGGAAUCUGAAGACUCUGACCAUAUUCGACACUCAUUUCCCCUACCACGAAUACGGGGAUAACGAUUUCAAAAUAUUCUCCCAGAGUUUAUCCACCUUCACAUUCGGGGGAAAGUGCUCGAGCUUUGCCAUGAUUCGUCUCAGAUUGCCGUCUCCGGUGGUUCUUCUGGACAAGAUUGAGCUUCGUCUGAUUCAAAUAUGCUCCGAGGAAUCCGACUUCCCAGUCGCCGUGAAGACUCUGCGGUGGAUGAUCUUCCAUUCGAAAUCACUUUCCCUUGAGAUGAAGGAGAAGAAGAAAGAGUUUAGGGUGAAAACAGAGUUAGUGGGAGAUAAACAAGUACGCCUGGCUGUCUUCAAUGUGACCACUGCUGAAACUGAGGAGUUCUACUGGAAAGCGGGGGAUGAAAACUUUGAACCCUUUUUGUCAUCACUUCUACUCAGGUGUGAGGAUCAAUACUUGCUUCGAGAGAUUAGAAGUUUUUACAUGGAUCCUGACCCUACUUCCUCGUCAGAGGAUGAAAGCCGCGGCUAUAUUUAUGAUGAUUACGGUUUGCUAUAAUAAUAUUGUCAUGAUAUAUCUGACGCUCCGAAUGCAAGUUGUUUUUUGGGUCUUGAUGACGCUCGCUCGCUCUUUGGAUCUUAUUUAUAGCUACUUCUCUUUUUACUUAAGUAGUAUUUUGGCCCGUGCAAGCACGGGAUGGAACGAUUUUUUUUUGUUGAUUUUAGACUUUUUUUACACAAUAUUUUUAGGAAUAAAGAAAAUUAUCUUUU